GUAUAUUUUGGCGCAGUCAACUUCAAAAAAUGAUUUGAAUGCCUUCCACAUCGAAUUUUGAGCUGAAAUUUUUUGUGGAUAAACUAGACUUGAUGAGGAACAUGCUCACAAAAAUUCAUCGAAAAAUUCCACCGGGAACCACCCCAAACGGCGGAGUUCGAACGGCGGUUCGGACAGGAGGGGCUGGACAGGGAAAACAUAUGUACUUCUGUAUAAAAAUUUUGUAUACACUUUACUCCUAACCUGUUUUGAACAAUUUCUUUUAGAGACUCCUAGCAUGUUUUCAAUUUAAGUGAUCUCAAUCUCAGAUCAAACCAUAUCACACUUUAUUGGUCUUACGAAAAUUAGAUAAACCAUAAUAUUAGAAGAAAUAAUCACACAUAUGACAGACAAAAAUGUGAACUCUUAUACAAAGUAAUUAUUAUGUUAUACUCCGUACAAAGUAAUUAUGUUAAUAAUUUUCAGUGAGUAUUAUUACGUUCAAUUUUACAUUCUAGUUAUUUUCAAGUUAAGCACAUAUAGUAACUUUUUUAUGUCAUGUACUUGGUAAUUUUAGUAAAAAAAAAUGUCCAUAUUUUACAAUUUUACUAAUACCAUAUUAAUUGAUGAGAUCAUACAAGAACAAUUUUUUUUUGAAAAGAUCCUCAUGUGUACUUACAUAGGAGAUAGGAGAUGAUAAGGCGAAGAAGUCGGUGGGAAACAAAGAAAAAUGGAAGACAGGAGUGUUUUUCUGUCUUCUCCAUCAUUUUGCAUGGUUAGCGUACGUAGUUGAACAAAUGCAUAUUAUACAAAACAUUCAAAAUUAAAGUUUCUAUUAUCCAUUUUCCGUUACCAACUUGAGAAAUCUCUGUCCGAAACAGGGGAUUUAUUUGAAAAAUCUAUGUGAUGAAGGCGUGGGAGGCAACCGUGAGGAAGACGCAGGCGGCGGCCCGGAGACGAGCCCACACAAUAUUCGGUACCUACGGUGGCUCCACCGUAGAGGAACUCAACGACGUCGUCGACGAUGACCAAGACGAGGCAGUCGCCGUCGUUGUGCUCAACUGCGGGCAUGCAAACGGAGAGGUGUAUCACGCCGACAGGUUUCUGCCCAACGGCGAUUACUACACCGGGCAGUGGGCCGACGAAGCCCCACACGGGCAGGGAAAGUACUGGUGGACCGACGGCUGCCUGUAUGUCGGCGAUUGGUUUCGCGGCAAGCCGAUGGGGAAGGGGACCUUCAGCUGGCCGUCGGGGGCUAUAUACGAGGGCCAUUUCAAGAGCGGGUAUUUGGACGGAGACGGGACCUACACGGGCCCCAACGGGGACACCUUCCGAGGCUCGUGGGUGAUGAACAUGAAACACGGCCUCGGGGUGAAGGAAUACACCAAUGGGGACACUUACAAUGGGGAAUGGAGCAGAGGGCUGCAAGAAGGGCAGGGGAGGUACACGUGGAAGAACGGGAACUACUACGUCGGAGAAUGGAAGUCCGGGAAGAUUUCGGGCCGAGGGAAUAUGUAUUGGACUAACGGGAAUAUGUACGAAGGGAUAUGGGAAGAUGGGCUGCCCAAAGGGAACGGGAUAUACAGAUGGGCAGAUGACAGUUACUAUGAAGGAAAUUGGAGCAAUGAUCCAGCUGAAGAGCAGAAUGGGACUUACCAUUCUGCUGCUUCAGAAGGUGAGGAUAAUCGGCAUGAAUGGAAUCCUGGGGAUGUUUAUAGUCAUGAACUGAAGGAAUGUAAGGUUUGUCCCAUUGACAAAGUCACAGUUUUCCCUUCUCAAAAGCUUGCAGAUUGGAAAUCCGCAAAUAUGGCAGCGAAGCAUAGGAGAAUGUCAGCUGAUGGGAGAUUAGAUGCUGCUGUGGAUAAAGAGUUUGCAGGAAUGAGGUUGUCAGAUUGCGCUGGGACGCCGACGAGCAUCUUCUGUGCUCCCGACGACACCUUUGUUGGUACUCAGCAGCAAGAAGAUACCAUAUUGAGAAGGAACACUCUUAGAAUUCCCAAGAUUGUUAAGAAACAAGGCGAGACUAUCUGUAAAGGGCACAAGAGUUAUGAACUGAUGCAGAACUUGCAGAUGGGGAUCAGGCAUUCAGUUGGGAAGCACGGGGCUGCAGCGUCAUUGGAUCUAAAACCAUCAGCGUUCGAUCCCAAGGAGAAGUAUUGGUCUAAGAUUUCACCAGAUGGAUCCAAAAGUAUGUUGCCAUUUCAGUCAUGUGACUUUAGAUGGAAGGAUUAUUGUCCAAAAGUUUUCAGGGCUUUAAGAUUGUUAUUCAAGGUGGAACCAAAUGAUUACAUAAAUUCCAUAUGUGGAAAUGAUGCUCUCCGGGAGCUCUCUUCUCCCGGAAAGAGUGGAAGCUUUUUCUACUUGACAAAUGAUGAUCGUUACAUGAUCAAAACGCUGAAGAAGGCAGAAGUCAAAGUACUAAUAAGGAUGCUAAAUUCAUACUAUAAUCAUGUGCAUGGUUUUGAUAACACCCUUAUUACCAAAUACUUUGGGUUGCAUUGUUUGAAGCUAAAUGGCCCAACCCAAAAGAAGGUGAGGUUUGUCAUAAUGGGGAAUCUCUUCUGCACAAAUUACACGAUUCAUAGGCGGUUCGACCUCAAAGGGUCAACAUUUGGGCGAUUAACAGAUAAACCAGAAUCAGAGAUUGAUUCAACAACUACUCUUAAAGAUCUUGAUCUCAACUUCAUAUUCAGGUUAAAAACCCCAUGGUUUGAAGAAUUCCAAAGGCAAGUAGACAAGGAUUGUGAGUUGCUUGAACAAGAGAGAAUUAUGGAUUACAGCCUUCUGGUUGGUGUUCAUUUCAAAGAAGCCACCAGCAAUGGAGAUUUAAUGCCCAACGAUGGUGGUACCUCAGAUAAUGAAUCUAAUCCUCAAGAAGAAGAUACGGAUAUCUCGGAUAGUUCAAGGAAAGGUGAGGUGAAACUGGGCAUAAACAUGCCUGCAAGGGUGGAGAGGACGGAGAGGAAGAGCGAAGGGGAGUUGCAGCUGGUGGGAGAGACAACAGGAGAGUGCUAUAAAGUGGUGUUGUUCUUUAGUAUCAUAGACAUACUCCAAGACUAUGAUAUCACUAAGAAGCUUGAGCAUGCAUACAAGUCAAUCCAGUGUGAUCCAAACUCCAUCUCAGCCAUUGAUCCCAGGGCAUACUCGAGGCGGUUUCGGGAUUAUAUUUUCAAGGUCUUUGCAGAGGAUACUUAGAAGAAGCUGCAAAAUGGAUGCUAGGACAUGUUCUGGUUGUAGUUUAUUCUAAGCCAUGGUGCUGCAGCUGCAAUUAGUCUUCAUUUUUGGCACAUAUAAGUUCUUUUUCUUUCAUUGUUUUGUAAGUCUAGAACAUAGGCCAUAUUGAGCCAGAGGCUUGGUUGUUUUAUUAACUAAGCUGAUGAGCUCCACUUUUAAUUAUGUAAUAGUUUACCUCAAAAAGCUCUUUGAUUGAGCUUAAUUGUUUAUACCUCUAUUCCUAAAUGAGUUGGCAAUUAUAAG